GGCACUCAUUGGAGAUAGGGUAACUAAUUAAUGAGAAUGGCUAUGGAAUAUCUUCUUCGCUUAGCCUCAAAUCAUUCCAUAUUAUUAGGCCUAGCUGCUGGGUUGCUUUUAGUCAUCUGGACCACGACAUCACGGGGGCGAAUGAAAAAAAAGAACAAUACUAAGGCGUUACCCCCGCCGGAGGUGACGGGUGCAUGGCCUCUGAUUGGCCACCUCCGGCUGCUAUCCGCCGGGAAGCAACCGCUGGCUCGAACAUUAGGAGCGAUGGCUGAUGAGUACGGACCCAUAUUCAGCAUCCGGGUCGGGAUGCACCGGUCGGUCGUCAUCAGCAGCUGGGAAACCGCCAUGGAUUCUUUCUCUACUAACGAUAAGAUCCUUUCCAAUCGCCCAUCUACUUGUGCUGGAAAGUAUAUGGGCUAUGAGUAUGCAGUAAUGCCAUUCGCACAUCACGGGCCAUUAUGGCGGAGCAUGCGGAAGCUGGUGGUGGGAGAAAUGCUCUCAAACAAUACCCUGGAGAAACUAAAGCCUGUUUGGACGUCAGAAUUACACACCAACCUCAAAGAACUCUACGCUAGUACCAUAACAGGAUCUGGGGCAUCAAAGCCAGUGGACAUAAGCGAAUGGUUCAAGCAUAUGACGUUGAACUUAAUCGUUAAGCUGAUCAGCGGGGGGCGAUAUAAGUACAAGCCAAACAGGGAUGCCACUGCCAGAGACGCCGACGAUGAGGAGACAAGCCGUAUGGGUAAAGCAUUCAGCGAAUUUAUGCGCCUUACGGGGGAGCUUGUUCCCGGAGAUGCAUUUUACCCGACCGGGUUGGUCCGGUGGAUGGAUUUCGGCGGAGCGAUUGCGGCCAUGAAACAAUCCGCUAAAGAUUUGGAUGAUAUCUUUCAGAAAUGGAUAGACGAGCAUGUGGAGAGGAGGAGCUCCAACGCCGCCGCUAGCGGCGUUGAGGAUGAUCGGGACUUCAUUGAUGCUUUACUUUCCGUCACCGACCGGGAAUUCGAGUCUGUCGGCAACUCUUAUACUCGCGAAACCAUCAUCAAGGCGGCACUACAUAGUGUGCUAGUAGACGGAGCAGACACAUUGGGCCUGAACUUGGAAUGGGUUUUGUCCAAUCUGCUGAACAACCCAAUCGCAUUGAAGAAAGUCCAAGAAGAGAUAAACACCAUAAUCGGCGGCAAUGAAAGAUGGGUACAAGAUUCUGACAUUGAACAAAUGGUGUACCUCCAAGCUGCGGUCAAAGAAUCCAUGCGGCUAUACCCAACUGCACCUCUUCUUUCCCCGCACAAAGCCAUCGAAGAUUGCACAAUUGGCGGGUAUGCAGUCACUAAGGGCACCGUCGUGUAUCCCAAUGUGUGGAAGAUACAACGGGACCCGCGAGUGUGGUCGGAGCCGGAGAAGUUCUCCCCGGAGAGAUUUCUGGGGCAUGUUGAAAGAGAGACUGAUCCGGGCAGGUACUUUGGGUUCAUUCCUUUUGGCUUCGGGAGACGAUCCUGUCCUGGAAAUUAUUAUGCUUUGAAAGUGACGCAUCUCACCAUUGCCCGUCUGAUCCAGGGGUUUAACGUCACAACUCCGGGGAAUAUGCCGGUGGACAUGUUGGAAGGGAUAUCCAUCACUCUUACCAGAGCAAAUCCACUCAAAGUGUUUAUUGCUCCUCGACUAUCAUCUUCCUUUUAUGAAUAAGUAGUUUAAGUUGCCAAAUGAUUCUAAAUAAUAUCCCACUCUCUGCUUGUUUAAUUUGGUGCAUGUGUAAAUUAUUUUAAAGCAUGUUUUAUGUACGUGCUUGUUGUUGUUCUCCUACCCAUGAAAGAAGGGUUAAUAAAUUAUUGAUUGUUUCUCAUUAUUUGACUAUGAGUUGCUCUUACACCGUGCAUAUUAUAUCAUUGGAGAUGCUCUUAGAAU